UAUAUUAUAUCUGUGUUUGUGAACAAACAGUUGGAGACCGUUAAAAUUUUUGUAGAGCUCACACUAAAACUGAACUUCCUACAUAUAUUAACGUUUGAAAGUUCUAAUAUUGUUACAUGAUCUAUACAGUCUUUGUGUUCUGACCAACUUAACCACAGUAUAUGGAUCCCAAUAUUCACACAAAAACUGUCUUUCGAGAGGUGGAACCUGAUACAUGUAUAUCUCAUGCAGAGUGUUAGAACACAGGAACAAGUAUUAUUGAUUUAUUUGCAAUACUGAGUAUUAACACAGUCUAUAGUAGAGUCAAGAGCUUUAAAGUAGGUUAAGUAACAUAGUAAUGAUAGCAGAAAUAAGAAUACAAAUCUAAGAACCAGGUAAAACGGAUACUCAGGUUCAGGAAUACCUUCGCACAGACUUCUGGGAUAUGUAGUCCAAGCGACUGUGAUAUCGCGAGGAUCCAUCCAAGCGAUCCCAAUUUAAGUUUCGUUUUUUUACAAGUGUGUCUUCCUCAAAGUUUUGCGAGGGUCCUGUGUGGCUGUUCAUUGUGUAGUCUCUGUCAUGAAGGAUAUGCUCUCAUUCUGGGAUGUGGCCAUUGAUUUCUCUCCAGAAGAGUGGGAGUGGCUGAAGCCUGCUCAGUGGAGUCUGUACAGGGAUGUGAUGCUGGAAAAUUACAGCAACCUUGUGUUCCUGGGUCUUGCUGUCUCUAAACCACAGCUGGUGACAUUUCUGGAGCAAAGACCAGAGCCUAUGGAUGUGAAAAGACAAGAGGCAGCUACUGUACAUUCAGGGCCAGGGAGCCAGCCUGAGGAAGGACUGGGGCUGUGGAAGAAAAUGUGAGACAGUUAGGUUUGGGUUUGUCGUGGUUGGUGCAUUUCCUAUUUCUAGAGCCAGCUUUGUUUUGAGCUAAAACAUUGUCUUAUGAUUUAAAAAAAUAUUAUCUGUAUUCUAAACACAUUUACCUCUCUAUAAGACAGAACACAGUUAUUUACACAUCCGUAACUGGUUUGUGUGUCUGCAGAUGUUGGCAGACAACACAGUCAUUCUGUAUGUAUGUAUUUUUCCCUUUUAUAAAGAUACCAAGCUUUAGGAUAAUAUGAUGGUAGGUGAGGGACAGGGACAUGUAGUUCUUUUGUGGGUCAAACCUCUAUCUUUUACACCUUUAACCUAUGGACAGUCAGACAGGAAACCAUAAAAUUCAGACCUCUAAGGAACUUACAAAAUGGUAUACAUGAAAGCAAGAGUAUCCAGGCUUUGUGGGGCAGAAACAAAGGCUUACGUUAGCCAUAGGCCAAAGGAAUCCCAAGGACAGACAGAAUGUCAGAGGAUGCAUUCCUGGGAACACAGUAGAAAGGACCUAGUAUAACUUGUCUCCAGUCUCCUGCUGCACAACCUGUUUCCCCUAAGGAAUCUCCCACAGAAAAGCUAGCUACAAUUUCUUGUUCACAGCGAGCUAGAGACCUGAACCUACAUGUUGGCUAGACACUUGGGAUGUCCGUGGAUUUGCACAUUCCCACAGUGCAGCCCCUGGUCUAGAGUGUCCCCAUUUCCAUUGUGUUCUUGCGGCAGAGGUUGUGCUGCCCCUACUGGGAUCUAAUCAUAUAUGAAUGUGCCAGUGAGAUUAUAUAUCUUGAUCCCAGCAGCCAACACAGAGCUUUCCGAGUGUGAGACUAGGAGUUGACUAGGUCUGGGUUCUUGAGAAGACCAUUAUGGGAGAACUCAGUGCUGGGGACGAAUGAGCACACUGAAGAAGAGGACAUGGUAUUUUUUCAGACCCACUAAUGUAACCUCAGAAAGUAGGUUGGCAACACUCGUGGAGCACAGGCUAGAGGACAGAGAAACACUGCAGGUCUCGGUUGCCUUAAAGACAAAGUGAGCUCAGACAGUGGCCUGAUUCUCUGAUCAGCAAGGAGGGACAGGAAAGGGACAAAAAGUAAGGUGCAGAACAAUAGAGAAGGCAGCAUAGACAAAGUGGGAGAUGCAGUCACUCUUUAAGCAUCCACAGAAAUGGUACAAGACAAGGAUUUAACAGAAAAUUUUAUUCAUUCCUUCUUCAGUCAGUAUCUUGAGUCUUAGAUAAAAUGUCCAGGGAGAAGUUCUCAUCAGGAUUUACACCCACUACCUGAAACUAGACCACACAGAAAAAUACAAAGAAGACAAAGAUUUCACCAAAAGUCUCCAAGUAGGACUUCUGCCACCAGUGCUUUCACUCUCAGUGGAGGAACCUAAGAAGUAGUCUUCAUCAACAUUCAUAUCCUUACCAGAAUCAAUCCCAGGCAGAAAUAUCUAUUCAUUCCUUUGAAAAAACAUAUUCUGUCCUUAUUAGGAAACACAGUGGUCAUUCUGGGAAUCCAGUCCUGGUGUAAGAUUGCUGGUGCCUUGGGUCAUAUCAGGGCAACUCUGCUGUGCCAAUCCUCUAAGCCUGGGUGACUCAGACACACUCUGAGUCCUUUAAUUGGUAGAACCUUGCAAGUGUGUUCAAAUGUUGCAUCUGCAGGAGAUAUAGGGGAAUACUUCUCAAUGCCUGUCUAAGAGUCAUGUAUUUGCUGGCUUUGGAGAGAAGGUUCACAGCAGAAAGAAGCUUUUUCCCUGAAAUGAGGCAUGAUUGGAUUAUAAAGCCUAACUCCAAAUUAUACCAGACUAGAGGCAGGAAAGAAGCUUUACAUUUCACAAGUUUCAGUUCCAAUAUUGGAACAAUUUGUCUUAUGCUGUAAAACAGUGGAUAUUCCAAAGUUUAAGGUGACAGUGUGUGAGAACAUUUUCUCAGCAGGAUAGGUGAGCUGGGGCUGCAGUUGCAUAAAACUCAGGCAAUAUGGUGUCACAUUUGGCAGUUCAGUAAUAGACUUUUGGCUGUUUCUAUGUCUCAGAAAAUUGCAUACAUUUCUAAACAGCAAGGUGUGAAACAGUAAGGCAGUAAAUUCACACAAAUGUUUCUUUCAUAUCACUUACAGUCAUAUUAAUGAAAGUCAUUCCAUUUGUAUUCCUUAUACAUGAAGAAAAUACCUUCUCAUUUUCCCUUAUCAUCCACACAGUAAUAAUGAUUUCAAAUACAUAUUCUUUAAGGAGAUAUAGUCAAAAGUAAAACUGUCCUUAACUAGGAGAAUUCAUUCAAUAGUUCAUCAAUAGGCUUUCAGAAAUCUGCAGUUCCUAGAUUCUUUUUGCUUUAAUUUCCAGUUUGGUAUCCUGUCUUAAAAUUUGACAGGGAGCAUUGCCUAUUAAGUGUUUCUGUACAUGUAAUCUAUAUAUUUAUGUAGGGCCAAUAUACAAUUAUAAAAUAAACCUGCACAGUGUAAGAUAAAAUUUUCUAUGAAGUCUAGUUGUGUGACCUUGAGCACUGAUGUUUCAACUUCAUGUGGAUCUCAAGUCUUGAAUGUCUGUGCCUUGUUUACUGUCUCUCUCAUUCAUUACUCAAUUGUUAUUUAAUAUUAUAAAAGAAUAAUUCUUAAGAAUUAGGUUAAUGCUAUUCAUCAACACAUAUUGUUGACUUUAGUGAAAAUUAUUACAUGAAUUAAUGUGUGUCUUUGUAUUUUCAAUGGUUAAUUGUAUACCAGCAGAGAUCUAUGAGCUGGCAGAAUUUUUGUAUUAUUAUUUCUAUAUGCCAUCACUGUUUCCUGUAUUGUGAAUGUUUGCCUUUGACACCUGCCAAAGGCAAUUUAAGUGGUGUUGUCUCACUACUGAUCAGUUACCAUAGAAAUCUGGUGGGCAGGAAGUACGAGAAAAGAACUUCCGGUUAGAGAGGAUAUUGAGGGAAUGUGAAGAGAAGCAGGAGAUUCAGAAGGAGACAUGGAAGUGAUAUAACACAGACCAGAGCAAAGCAGGGAAGUAGAGGUAUCCCCAGGACUAGUUGUUGACUAGAAUAGUUGGUUUAAGUUUAAGCAGUACCUGAGAGGCUUCCCAGUGAAAGACCUAGGCUUUGAUCUGCAUUAGAAGUCUCCCUGUCAUCAUAUAAAUUGCUAAAAAAAUCUGAGAAAGCCUAGGAACAGAAAGUUCUGUUAUUCAGAGGUGAAUGUGAAUUCUUUUCAUAAAUUCAUAACCUUCAGGCAUAUAUUUUCACAUCAUUAGAAUAAAAUGUAAAAUGCCAUCUAAAUGCUUGACUUGUAUUUAUUUUCCUGUGGACCCUUAGCUAGUAUAUAUAACAGUUUCCCCAGUUGCUGACAUCAAUUCUGCAACCCAGAUUUAGUUUUUGUGGUCUGUAUAUUCUACUGUCUCUAGGAAACCUUGAAAGCUCAUGUAAUUAAUGCCUCAUUAAACACAACUAGCUGAGAGGAGGGACUGGAUACCCAGGUGAGGGUUCAGUGACCUUGACUGUAGCCUCCUUUUUUGAAGGAAUGUUAACAUUUAACCAGCCCAGUUGUGAUGAUUUUUAGCAGGCACAGCUAGAUUUAUGAAGAAGGUAGUUGUUCAGCUUAGUAGAUACUGUGCAACAUCAGCUAAAUAAAAGAAGAUUAUAAUCAAUCUACACAUCAAGAGUAACCUGAUGAAUUGAUAUGACUUGAGCACAUACUGGUAAAUCAUCAGGACUUGACAGAUUCCAGGGAAAUUUUUUAGAAAAACCCACCAUUUAGAUAGCAUGUAUGUAAACUUAACAUAAUCACUAAGUUGACGGUUAUAGCAUUUCUCAGACUUUAGCUAUGAUUUUGGCAUUAUGAUAAGAGACUUUAGCUGUCGGUGCCAGCACUGACAUGGUACCAAGAAUCGGGCGAAAGCCUGCGGGAUGAAAGAAACACACACACACACACAUACAGGUUGUCGUGUCAAGCCAGGAGAGGAAGAGAGGAAGAGAGGAAGAGAGGAAGAGAGGAAGAGAGGAAGAGAGAG